AUGAUCCCGCCGUGCGAUCCAGUCAUUCUUGAGAACAACCCCCAGUUUAGACAUCUUUAUGAACAAGUGACUACAAAGUUUCUCAACCAGGAUGGUUCGACGCGCGCCAAUGAUGCACAGCCGGCAAGAAAGGCACUUUUGGAAGAAUUGAACGACUGUCGCAUCCGCGAUGCGAGAAAGAAGAUCACAAAGCAGGCAUUGCGACGAUUGGCAUUUGACCCCGAUAGCGAGCUUCCUGACGAGUGUCGAGACCCCGCAGCCAUCGUAUAUCUCUACCUCGAAUCCCGUCCCGAUGUGAUCAACCUUCCUGCGGACCACGACGAUCAACCCGACACCGACACCCUCCAGCUCCUCACUCCAGACAUCGACCUAUUCUACUCCAGCCUCCCCGACCUUGUUGAGCCUUUUUCCCGCAUAUUACGGGCUGAUCUCGAUGAUCUACGUGCAAUCACAGACGCAAGAACCGAUGCAGAUGCAUCGGCCGCCGCCGGUCCUCGUACCCGCGCCCGCACGCGCCAGGCAACAACCGGCAGCAGAAGAACCGCAGCCCAGCAGAUCACUCUCUCCUCGCGGCUGGACAAGCGCAUCCAGGCCCUGCGCCAUAGACAACUGAGCGAAUUACCCGCAGCGCGGACCCGCAUGGCUGCGACAGCUGCUGAAGUUCUGGCGACGCGGGCCGCGGUGCUAGAACGGACGGUCAUGCUUCUGGAACGGGCGAAACAUGGGGCAUUCGCGCGGGCCACGAAGGCCAAGGCAGAGCAUUUGGCCACGGUCGCGCAGGGGCUGGAAGGCAGGCUCAGUGUUAUGAAGCUGGAGAUUUCAGCCUCGAUCCAUACCCCGGAGGUUGUCGCGGCGCUUGGUCGGUACUGGGAUCAUCUUGAGGGUGCGCGGGAGCGUCUGGAAGAGUCACGUACGGAAGCAUUGGAGGAGUUGAGAGCGUAUGGUCUCGUGGCAGAGGAAGAAUCCCAUCGAGAGGAGGGCGCGUCUGAAGAUACAAUGCGCUCCGAGCCCGAAACCAUGCAAGAGGUUUACUGCCGAUACUGGACUCUGAUUCGAGAGGUGGAGAAGGUGAGAGGAGAGACACGGCAGAUGGGCGAGUCGCGAUAA